AAUUUUGCAUACGUGGCAUGGUAAUUGCAACAAAAAAUUCAUAUAAAUACGCCCUGCGAUCUGAAAUGCACCAUUCUUUACUUGCAUUUGUAAGGAUCGUCUGGACUUAAGAUGUUCUUCUUACUUACAUUACUGGUGCUUGGCGUGGUAGCGGCUGAUGUGAGAGAUGUUUAUUAUCAACAGCAAGUGUACACAACGGAACCUAUUCCCAUAUUAAGGCAAGAACAGAUAAUAAACCCCGAUGGCUCUUAUAGAUGGAAUUAUGAAACUGCUAAUGGUAUUGCAGCUGAAGAAGAGGGAGUAAUAAAAAAUGCUGGUAUACCUGAACAAGAGUCUCUGUCUGCGCAGGGGCAGUAUCAAUACACAGCGCCUGAUGGUCAAAUAAUUCAAUUACAAUACAUAGCCGAUGAGAAUGGGUUCCAACCACGCGGUGCCCAUUUACCCACCCCACCACCAAUCCCAGAGGAAAUUCAAAGAGCUUUAGACCAUCUCGCCACACUCCCCACCCCGGGUCCAGAACUUAAUAGAAUAAGAAUUUAAUUGUUAAUGUAUUUAAACAGCAUUUAUUACUUAUUAUAUGUUUUUUUACUU